AUGUCAGACGUCAAGGAGUCAACCGAAACCUACCGGGGCAACUGCCACUGUGGUGCAUUCGUCUACGAGAUUGAUCAUCCAGAAAUCAAAACCGUGAAAGAAUGCAACUGCAGCAUCUGCUCCAGGAAGGGCUACCUCUGGCUCUUCCCCCCUACGCGGGAUGGGUUCAAGAUCGUCAAGGGUGCCGAGGACGACCUUACCACCUACAAAUUCGCCGGCGAGAACCUUCACCACAAGUUUUGUCCCACUUGCGGCACCGGAGUCAUGGCCACGAUGCCCGGACACCCUAUGUUCGGUUUGAACGCUCAUACCAUCCAAAACUUGGACACAUGGACGCUGCAGCGCACACCUGUCAAUGGUGCUGCGCUAGGCUCCCCAUACGUAGUCCCAGCAUACACUGGUCGUCUUCCAGUCGAGGUCGAGGGGGGCAAGUUUUAUACUGGAAACUGCCAUUGCGGUGCUGUCCAAGUGGCCCUAGCCACCAAGCCCCUUGACAGCACAUACCCCGACAUGAUCGGCGAGUGCAAUUGCAGCAUUUGCGAAAGAAAUGCCUACGUUUGGGUUUGGCCACUCCGUGAUCAAGUCAUCUUACACGGCGAGCCUGAGGAUAUCGGUCGUUAUUUCUUUGGAUCGGAGGUCAUUGGCAAGACAUUCUGCAAAAGGUGCGGUGUCCAGUUGACGAAUGAGCCUUCUAUUCUGUCAGACGAGGCGGUGGCUGCCUUACCAGAGGCGCGACGACAGGUGUACGACAUGGUCAAGCCCAAGCACCCAGUGAACGUUCGUGUCCUGGAGGGAAUUGAUCUGAACGAGCUUAAGCAGAAAAUCCAGCAGCUUCCUGGGUCAGCUCGAUCUCCAGUGUACGUUAAUCCUUAG